UAUUGAUAUUAUUAUAAUUGAUGUGAAGGAGGCGUCUAUUAGAGACUGGGCGUUUAUGAGAGAGAGGCGUCUAAAAUGCAAACUCGCGCACACGAGAAACGAAAUGUUGUUUUCAUCAGGAGGCUGUUAUUGAAUCAGUUAUUUACAAAAAUUUGAAACCAAAUGUUAUGUGCCACAGGAAAUAAUCCAGAUUAUCCUGAUUUUCUAGCACCAAGAAAGGAGUUGCUAUUUAGCUACUUCACAGCAACACUCGUACUGUAAAUUUCCUGGAAAAAUAUGUAAAUUGCACUGAAGUGUUCCUCAAGGUAAUUAAGCGUUUUAACCGCUGCAUUUUACGGCGAGGGACGCUGAUUAAAGUUAAUACAGUAACUAUCGAUUAUGCCGGUGACAGGAACAAAAAUAUACUCGAAUGUUUCUCUCAAAGAUUUUAACACCUUUGGCGUUGAAGUAUUCGCCAAGUUUUAUACAGAAGUCACUUCCACGCAAAUGGUCGUGGAACUUUGUAAACAAGCCAUGUUCGUAGAUCAAGAGGUUCUUCUACUGGGUGGGGGAAGUAAUAUUUUACUUACUCAAGAUUUCUCCGGUUUGGUUGUGAGAAAUUGUAUUCUCGGAAGAGAGAUUGUCGCCGAAACUCCCGAGUCGAUCGACAUAAAAAUCGGAGCCGGUGAAUUAUGGCAGGAAAUUGUGGAAUAUGCAAUUGACGAAGGUUUUGGUGGAUUAGAAAAUUUAUCCCUGAUUCCUGGAACUGUUGGGGCAGCCCCUGUACAGAAUAUUGGUGCCUAUGGGGUAGAAAUCAAAGACAUUUUUGUCAAGCUUGAAGCAGUAAACCGAAAAACUGGCAAGGUGCAUAUAUUUGACAAUGAAGCCUUUCAAUUUGGUUAUAGAAGCAGCAUUUUUACGACAUCACUUGUGGACAAAUAUGUCAUUACUUGGGUGACACUCAAACUUUCUAAAAAACCAAUACUGAACGUUUCCCAUGGGCAAAUAACCGAUCUGCUUGCUAAAAAAAGACUUAUAAAUCCCACUAUCAGAGAUAUCAGUGAGAUUGUUAUUGAAAUCAGACAGUCAAAGUUACCAGAUCCUAAUGAAAUAGGCAAUGCAGGUAGCUUUUUCAAAAACCCAAUAAUCCCUUUAAAUCAUUAUGAUAAAUUGAAAAUUGAAUGGACUAAACUUCCCGGAUCCAAUACCAAAGAUGGUGAAUCGAUCAAAGUUCCGGCUGCCUGGUUGAUAGAAAAGUGUGGAUUUAAAGGCAAAAGAUAUGGAAAUGUCGGUGUUUACAGCAAGCAUGCUCUUGUCCUGGUCAACUAUGGUGGUGGUACAGGUAUGGAAAUCCAAAAUCUUGCCAACAAUAUCCAAAAGACUGUUGAAAAAACAUUUGGUAUCAAAUUAGAGCCAGAAGUGAACAUUAUUUAAACAGCUAUAACAUCACAGAGUUUGUUGAAAGCUUUACUGCACCCCCACUGCACCCUCCAUUUUUAAACUAUGCUUGUCCCUGAUUUUCUCCUUAAAAAUGGGAUGCUGAAGUACACCCAAUAAAAUGUUUUUUAUGAAAAAAGUGUAGGGAAGGGCUGCAUGCUCAUUCCCCGACUCCAUGGUUUAGGCCUGUGUUUAAUUGUAUUUGUAUGUUUGAAGGAUUUCUUACUACCAAUCCUAAUAAAUUUCAUUUUUAUUGAUCCAAUAAA